AUGGCCAAAUCAGCUUUCUGGAACUCGGUCCGCAAGGCCCUCACCGUGAACCCCAAGGUCUCCUCCGGUAUGCCCGAUGCCAAGGAGUUCCGUCGUGUCGCCCCUGGUGGCCAGCCCAAGACCUUUGUCCCCAAGGAUCCCCUUGCCAACGACAUUGCCCAGAACCCUUACUAUGGACGCGAUUUCAGGAGAAACUACCCCCGUUUGGCCGUCUAUUCUCAGCAGGAGGUCGCUGGAUUGCUCGCUGCCAAGGAGGCUUUGGCCAUUGGCUCCGGAGAGUCCGCCAUCGCCAAGGCUGGUGAGAACGCCUCCUUGACCGAAGUCAUCAAGAGCGCCAAGACCCCCAUCUACACCCCCUCCAACUUGCCCCCUACCCCCGUCAUCCGCAACUACAAGUGGGUCAAGUCUCCCGAUCAACCCCCAGUUGAGCAGGGUACCUACUGGACCAUGGUCAACAUGAAGACCGCCGCAUAA